CAUAACGUCAACAAAUACAAUGACAAAAUACAGAAUAGUGUGCUCAUUAUGCCUCCUUCUUAUUGCUUUUACUUUACACAAGAUUUGCAAAAGAAACUAUGUAAAGAAUAUCGAAUCUUGUUACGGAACUGUACAUGUAUUCUCUGCAGUAGCAGAAGCAAAGACAGAAUGGAGUUUUAUAGAGAAUAUUGUUCUUAAUGUCCUGCAUGGCUCUAAACAAUCUAGCUGCGACUGUUGUAUAUAUGGGUAUCAGGGAACACCUAUUUAUCGUGUAAAUGCUGUCGUGAAAGAGACCUAUUUUCAUAACAGUAAAUUUACUGACUUAAUAGCAAGACAGUUCCAGUGUUCUGUAAGAAAUAUUGGUUUUAGGAUGGUAAAUAUACAAUUAGUUGGAAAAAUGGAAUCAUGUAGUAUUUCUCAUAAUGUUCAUCCUGUGUUAUACCCAGAGAUAAAAGAAAAUGGAUUCGGAAUAUGUGCGAAAAUAGCCUACAACUAUCUAAAUCCAUUGCACCUUAUUGAGUGGUUCGAAUAUCAGAAAAUGAUGGGUGUGGACAUGGUUCUUAUAUCUGUACAAUCCUUAAAUAAAGAUGCGUAUAAAGUUUUGAGAUAUUAUGAAAGAGAAGGGAUUACAACACUAAUUCCCUUUCCAAUUGACAUGCCCGGGAAAUUAGAUAGAGGAUUUACAUUGCAACACUGGCAUUACCACCAAAGUUCCCACGAUGAACAGGUGGCUGUUUACUCAUGUAAAGAAUUUUUUCAGGGAUUCGCUUUUGUGGCAAUCAUGGAUUUUGACGAAAUCAUCGUUAACGAUAGAUUUUCUAAAUACACACAAAUACUAAUGUCAGAGAUCUUACCGUCAUAUCCAGAUGCGUCUGCCUUCACCCUGAAUGUGUCGUUCUUUAUAACGGAUUGGGGAGUAUCAGGAGUAGAACCUCUGGUAACCAGUAAAUACAUAAGAAGAACAUAUCCUCUUGCAUAUCGAUAUAAAAAUAUUUAUCUGCCAAACAGAACAGAAACAGUUGAUACACAUAGAAUAUGGCCAAAGAAUGGAUACAUAAGGUUCUCACUACAAUCUCACAAUGUAAUCCUUCAUCACUACAGAAAUUGCAAUAAACUAGAUAUGUUUCCAGGUGACUGCAUGUCAUAUAAAAAAUAUACAGAUAAUAAAAUGAUUAAAAUAAUGCCAAAAUUAUAUGACCGAGUGGUCGCAACUAAAAAGAGAUGUAAACUAUAAAAUUCCUUAUUGGUUCAAGUUUGCAUCUAUAAAUAUUGAGUACACCCGAAUCGAUGAUUUUAUUUAUGCCUAAGUAUUUCACUUAGCUACGUUAGUCUAUACACCAUUAGUCUAUACAACUAAAAGAGAACAAUUGAAGGUCUUUCAACCCAAAAAGUCAUAUCAAAAUAGAAAAAUAUUAUGCUUCAGUUUAAAUUGUCAAUUGCGGUGUCAGAUUAUAGCUCAAUUAAUGAUGAUUUUGAAAUAUGUGGUUUUUAUUUACUUUUCCGAAAAAUGAGGAAGAUAAGUAGGUACUUUCAGUUUACAUACAUAGAAACUGACUACUUAUAUUUGAUGAUAUAAUAACUGUCAUAUUCCGGAUUUGGUAUAGGACAUUUAAAAAAAAUACGGUGGGUUGAAUCUGGUUUUAUGGCUUACUAGAACUCUUGCUUAUAUGGCAACCUAGUUAUACAAUUUUAAAUUUUGUAUUCAAAAAUAAAAUCCUAUUAGCGCGCUGUAAACGUGAAUUUGUAGGAUAUUUCUAGCUCCUAUUCAUUCUAGUGCAGAAGACCCUAUAUUAAAUCUGUCUCAGAUGAAAAAAGAAACAAGUUAUCAAAAAGAUAUGCACAGUUGGCUCCAAAUGGAAUACCAAUUUUCAGUUGAGAAAAACCCCAACGUUUUGCAAACGUAACAAACAAAAUAUUACU